AUGAACGAUUCAAUGAUCUUGAGGGAAAGAUUGAAGACUAGUAGCUUUAGAUCUAGAAGUAACUAGAGAAAAUCCUUUCUAUCCACUUCAAAUGACCAGGACGAAAUCCCUCUAAAAGUGACAGAGUAUAAAAGGCUCCUUGAUAACUACUCAUUGAAAAAUAUCUAAGGUCAUAAAAGUUCUAUUGAGCAUAUUCAAAAUAGGAAUAGGAUUAUGCAGCAACUAAGGAAUAGAAAUAAGUCAAGUCAAAAUGGCAGGAAUACUAAUUAAUCAAACUUAGCAUAAGAUCAAGUAACUAUUAAUCUAGUCGAAGAAGAUAAGAAAAAGGAGUUACUCCUUUCUCCAAGCAGAUGGUCGCCUACUGGCUGGGUAUUCAAGGAACAGUCAUAAUAUAAAACUCCAAAUGAAAUGAUGAGAUCAAAUCUAAAUGGCUUUUAUUGCCAUAGAGCUGGAGAAUAUGAAUAAGAUUCCUUAUCUCCUGAUAAGAAGUUAAUUUCUACCUAUUAGUCCACAUUCUCUAAUCUGAACCAAAUUAGCGCACUUCCUAAUCUAAGGAAUAUGCCAAAUCAUAAUGCAAAACUUAAGAUGCAAAUGAGUCGGCUUACUCAGCUAAACGAUAAUUUGAUGAAGAAUAUGAAAAAAGGCAAUAAUAGAACAUCAGAUUAAGAUGGAUAUAAGGUUCAUAGAAACGAUUACGCACCAGAUGGAAUCACUUCCUUGAACAUGAACUUUAGUUCUAAUAGCAUAUUUAGAAGGCAUAAAAAUGAAGUGAAUAAUGCAUAAGGAGGAAGCAUAAAUACUCUAAAUAAUGUAGGAGGAGUAUUAAAUUAGUCAGCUAUAAAUGAAUCAAGCGAGUAGAAUUAAAAACUAACUUACUGGGCUGGAAUGUAUGUAAAGCAAGUCAAUGAUGUUAGUUAAGGUGCUACAAAACCUAAAAUUUCAUUCAACAGAAAGGCAAAUCCCUAUAAUGCUAAGUAUUAUGUUUACUGA